GGACCCGCCCUCUUUUCUUUAAAGUUUGAGCUGCACUCCUACAAUCCAAAAAGCCGCAGACCUGUGUUUGAGCUUGGAAUCUUUAUGUACAAUCUUAUGGAAUAAUAAUAUCACUAUAAAGGUGCAGUGUGUAGUCAUGGCUGCAUGGGUGGAGGCGACCACAAGGGAAAUGGGCCAAUCGCUCAUCAACCCAGACAAACCUUCAGUUUCAGCUUCUGCACUCCCUGGAGACACUGGGAAGCCAGCGUUGCGCCCAAAACCCCACCUCAUGCCUAAACCAUUUGCUCUGCAAAGGAACGCCACCGUCCGCCCAAUCCGGGCCUUUAGCAGAGAGCUCCAUCGAGCCGCCUCUUCUGAAGCGCUUUUGGAUACCAAAAAAACUGGUGCUGGUGGUCCAAAUCUAUCAGAAUACCAAAAACCAGGCUCAAAUGGCACAGUAAAUGGGUCUAAUAAAAUUGCAGCUCCUAAACCCGUCCCACUCAGCCCAAAACCUGACUUGUUGGCUAAGCCUAAACCAGAACCCACUAAGAGUCCUGGUUCUAAUAACCAAACUGUUCCAAACUCAAAGCCUGCUGUGACCGCUGAAGAUUUGAAGAACGUUCAGCCCAGGAGCAGAGCAAAAUCUUUGGGUUCUCAGGAUCAACAGAUUCUCACGCAGAAGAACAGAGAAGAAGCAGCCAAGACUGAAACAGAUGUCAAAGUGUCUUCACGAUGCUGGCCGCCUCGAAAUCGUCUCUCCGUUGAGCUGACCUCCAAGUUCGAGUCAAUGUCUCAACCCGAGAAGGAGGUGAGGAGAGAUGCUGAAACCAGUAAGACGGAGAAAGAGUGGCCACCACAUUCUCCUUCUGAGUCCAAGCCUUCGAAGCUUCCGGUGGAUACAGGAGAGAUGGGAGACGAGGAUGUCAGCGGAGGCAGCAUUAAGAGACGGAUCAGCCUUCUCUUUGAUCGAUCUACAGCAACUCAGUGCAGGGACACUUUCAACAAAAGAGACAAUCCAGCUGCUGAAAUAUCUGUUGAUAUUAAACAGAGAAUCCAGAAUCUGAGCUUGGACGCACCAAGGACGCGCUUGCCAUCCACUGGUGCUCCUAAAAGUCCACCAUUUGUGAAGACACUAAGGACCUCAGAUGAGACUCCAAAUGAGAGAUCAUCUGAAAAACCUGCAGCGAUAGAGAAGGUGCCUGUAAGUACAGCAGAAAUCAAGAACUCUGCUGCUAGUGUGGAGCGUGUAGAAGAAGAGGAAGACCAUGAAGAUGAAGAGGAGGACUAUGUCCCUGUUCCUGUCUACCAAAGGGCUGGGAUGAGCCUAGAUGUGGAGACAAAGAGAAGGGAAGAAGAAGAAAAACAGAGAAAAGAUGAGCAGUUAGAGAAAGAAAGACAACAGCGGGUAAGACUUUUGGAGAAGGAGAGGAAGGCAAGAGAUAUAGAGAGACAGGAAGAGAGAAAACAGGAAGAGGAAAAGCAAAGACAGAUGGACGAAAAGAGAAAGCAAGAAGAAGAACGAAAGAGAAGAAUUGAAGAAGAAAGAAAAGAGGAGGAGAAGAGGAGGCAGGCCGAAAAAGAGAGGGAGAGGCAGAUUGAGGAGAAGAGAAGGAUUGAAGAAGAAAAAGAGAGACUGAGAGAAGAAGAAAGAGUCAUGAAAGAAAGAGAAAAGGAAGAAGAGAGGAUAAGAAUUCAGGAGUUGGAGAGACAAAGAGAGGAGGAAAGACUGAGACAAGAACGAGAAAAAGAAGAGAGGUUAAAGAGACAAAGAGAAAUGGAGGAAAGAAAACGAAUGGAAGAAGAGAGACUGAAAGAAGAGGAAAGAUUGAGACAGGAAAGAGAAAGAGAGAGACUAAAGAAAGAAAAAGAGAUGGAAGAAGAGAGGAGAAGAAUUCAGGAACUCGAGAGACAGAAAGAAGAGGAAAGAUUGAGAAAAGAACGAGAAUUAGAGAGAAUAAGGAAAGAAAAAGAGAUAGAAGAAGAGAGGAAAAGAAUUCAGGAAUUGGAGAGACAGAGAGAAGAGGAAAGAUUGAGAAAAGAACGAGAAUUAGAGAGAAUAAAAAAAGAAAAAGAGAUAGAAGAAGAGAGGAGAAGAAUUCAGGAAUUGGAGAGACAGAAAGAAGAGGAAAGAUUGAGAAAAGAACGAGAAUUAGAGAGAAUAAGAAGAGAAAAAGAGAUUGAAGAAGAGAGGAAAAGAAUUCAGGAAUUGGAGAGACAGAAAGAAGAGGAAAGAUUGAGAAAAGAACGAGAAUUAGAGAGAAUAAGAAGAGAAAAAGAGAUAGAAGAAGAGAGGAGAAGAAUUCAGGAAUUGGAGAGACAGAGAGAAGAGGAAAGAUUGAGAAAAGAACGAGAAUUAGAAAGAAUAAAGAAAGAAAAAGAAAUGGAAGAAGAGAGACAAAGAAUUCAAAGACAGAAAGAGGAGGAAAGACUGAGACAAGAACGAGAAAUAGAGAGACUAAAGAAAGAAAAAGAGAUAGAAGAAGAGAGAAGAAGAACUCAAGAGUUUGAAAGACAGAAAGAAGAAGAAAAACGGAGACAGGUACGAGAACAUGAGAUGGAGAUGGAAACGUGUGAAGCAGCAGAGAGAUUACGAAAGGAAGUUCCUACGAGUUAUGAUUUGAUAUCUUUUGACGUGGAGGAGUCACAGACUCUGGUCUCCUCCGUCCAGCUCGCUGACGUCUCGCCUCGACUCGCACAAGUGACUUACGAUGACUUUUCAGUGAAACCCCGAAGAUGGGGAACAAGGGCGAGACGUUCCUCGACUCCGUCUCCAUCCAGAGAAACUCCUGCUGCUCCUGACCACAGUCUACAGCCAGAAUCAAAGUCCAGUCAUCCUGGACCCCAAGAACCAAGCGGAGAUCGGGUGUCUGUGCAUGAUCUGAUCGGAUUUGAACCUGAAGCUUCCAGUCCACUCAACUCUACAGAAAGCAGAACGCACACAUAUUUAUUUGAGGCAGAAACUGAGUCCAAACCAGGGGACCUUCUGGAGCCAGAAACAGAUGAGGUAAGACAAGGUCAGUUGAAGGACGGAGGAGUUGAAGAGCAGGACACAGAGAAUUUAAUCUGGGAAACCGACGAACAAACUGAAAACAACGACACUGCUGAUGAUCCCACACAGAUCAGAAUCAAUCAAGCCUUGCAGAGACUGAAUCAAGCCAGACGACGAAAUACAUCUAGUGAUUCAGACACAGCUGACGUCACAGUUCACGAGGAGCUCGAACCUCUACCACUUCUUGAGUCUGUAGCUCCUCUGUUGGACUCCAGCGUUUUCCGAUCGAAGGUUGAACUGGGAAAGAAACGUAGCAUAAAGCGCACCAGACCGUCACGUGCCGUCCGACAGAGAGCCGCCCUGCCCGCUCUGACAGAGGGAACGCAACCCGACUGGAGGUUCUGCGACUCCACAGAAGCGAAAGAUCAGUGUUCCAAUGGAGCGGACUCUGAAUCAGAAGAGGAACCGUCCCGGGACGUCACGUGCUCUCCAGCCCCAAGCCAGCCCAAGAGAGUCCCUGUGUUUCCUGGGAUGGACCCUUCUGCCCUCAUGGCCCAGCUAAAGCGGAGAAGUGCAGCGAUAGAAACAGAAAGUCCAACAGAAGCACAGACGCCUCCGUCUGUCCCAGCACGCUCUCCCCGCACACCCACCAUGGCCCUCGGCCCCAGAGUGCUGCCCCCUGUUGACGCCAAGGACACUCGGUCCGGCUCUUCACCCUCCUGGCUGCUUGAGCUCAAAUCCAAGAAGCGAAUGAGUCAACCUGAGAGUGAAGCGUGAAGCUCAGGUCCGAUGCAGUUUGUUGAGAGGAACUCCUCUGCCACAAAGAUACCAAAGAAUCCGACUUACACAAAUCAUCUUUCGUUCUAAUACUGACUGAGUACCAGAAUCUUUCGAGGAUGAGUCCUGGACUGAACUGUUUGGAGGCUUUGCCAAGAUGAUGUCCUCUUACGCACAUUUUUAGUUUUACAUGAAUGUCUGUCAUAAUUGCUUGGCAGCAUUAGAGAUGGUGUGCCUGAAAAGCAAAUGCUGUUUACUGUCAGUCUCAAACCAAGUUAAUUUUACCGUUAUUUCAUUUUGUUUACAUUCAUAAAUCCAACAGAUCUUUUUUUCCAAAGUGAGGUUGGUUCAUCCAUCAAUCAGGGCCCUAAUGUGCAUAUCUUCUGUUCUCUGAUCUCUGAUCGUGGAGAAACACAAAUCAGUUUAGCUUCAUGCUACAAUGCACUUUAAAUGAGUUGGAUCACUGGAAAAGUUGCAUUAGGGCUCAUAGGCAUUUUAUUGCAUUUGUUUUUUUUUUUUUUUUUUUUUUUAUCAGAAUUUAAAUAUUGUGUUUCCAAAACUUUUAAAAAAAAAGUCUGACCUUAAGAUGUUCAUUGCUACAUGAAACUACUUUUUCUUUCUCUAAAUAGUUUUUGUUUUGUUUACAUGUGCCAUUCCUGAUUAUCAUUCACAGGGUUUUGUUUUAUUGCCAGUGCCUUUACAGUUCUGCCAAGAGCACUUUUACAAACAGAAAUCAGACUUAUAAUGUAUGAUAAGAUGUGUUUAAUUGUGCUCUUUUGAAAUGUUUCUUUUUUUCUCCAGUCGUUUCUUUUGAGACUACAGCUGUGUAAAUUGCUGCUAGAGGAAAAUGUUUACCUGUUUAAUGUUGGGAAAUGGGAGUUGUGUUUUAUAAAUUAUGAAUGAUGAAUUACAAUCAUCUUGAUUAAAUAUUUUUCUAAAUGGGAA